AUGUACUGGCGCGUCGGGUUCGCCUGGUUGCGGUCGUGUGUGGUUGAUCUCGGCCAGAACCAGAGCUGCUCCUCCUCCUCCUCCUCCGGCCUGCCGGGCUCCGAUGAGCAGCUCCGGCUGUUCGGGUACAUCGUCGCCUGCCCGCUGCAGGACUGCGGCGGCAUCAUGUCCGCUCUGGGCUCGGACUCCUGGUGGAGGAAGACGCUGUAUGUGACCGGAGGGGCUCUGCUGGCCGCCGCCGCCUAUCUGCUGCACGAACUGCUGGCCAUCAGGAAGGAGGAAGAGCUGGACUCUAAAGACGCCAUCAUCCUCCACCAGUUCUCCCGACCCACAUCCGGCGCCCCGUCGCUGUCCCCCUUCUGCCUUAAGAUGGAGACCUACCUCCGCAUGGUGGACCUGCCCUACCAGAACUACUUUGACGGGAAGCUGUCGCCGCAGGGGAAGAUGCCGUGGAUCGAGUACAACCAGGAGCAGGUGUUCGGCACCGAGUUCAUCAUCGACUUCCUGGAGGAGCGUCUGGGCGUGAGCCUCAACAAGAGCCUGACGCCGCAGGAGAAGGCCGUGUCGCGGGCCGUCACCAAGAUGGUGGAGGAGCACUUCUACUGGACGGUGGCGUACUGUCAGUGGGUGGACAACCUGGAGGAAACCCAGAAGAUGCUGUCGGUGAGCGGGCCGCUGAGCGACCUGCUCCGGUGGAUCCUGAGUCACCUGACCGGCGGGAUCGUGAAGAGGGAGAUGUACGGACACGGCAUCGGCCGCUUCUCCAGGGACGAGGUCUACGCGCUGAUGGAGAAGGACAUGCGCACGCUGGCCACGCUGCUCGGUGAGGACGGCCUCAUUGUCAUUAUUACUAAUCAAUAAACAUGAAUAUGAAGGUAUUGGAACAUACAGGAGGAGCCAGACUGGCUUUCAUUUAUUUACA